ACACCUAUCCACCCCUUGCUUCAUUUCCAAAUCCUCAUCCCACCAUGACACAUUUUUCCCACACAUCUCUUCUCUUUACUAUUUUUAUCAUCAUGGUUGGAACCCCCAAUCUCCGAACCGUUACCGCCCGAACAACAUCAUAUUCCCGAGACCAAGUCUCAUGCACUAUGUGCGACGAAUGCGAAAACCCAUGCCAACCCCCACCAUCACCACCACCACCUUCACCACCACCGCCCGCCGACACAAAUUGCCCGCCACCACCCUCUCCACCAUCUCCCACCAGCAACCCCCCUCCCGCCACCCCAUCGGUUCCAAAUUUUCCAUACUACUCCCCUCCACCACCACCCCCCGGCGGUGGUGGCUACGGCUACCCUACCCCACCACCACCCAAUCCAAUUCUACCAUACUUCCCAUUCUACUACUACAAUCCACCACCACCGGGUCAGAUUUCGGGUUCGGGUCCGGGUCGGAUAAACAUCAACCGGGUUCAAAAUCAAAUCAUUCUGCCGGUUUUUUUUAUAAUAAUAUUCUUCUUUGUUUAAGAAUUGAAGUGGUUAUAUCUUAUAUGAAUAUAUGGGAAUGGUAUUCCGAUUCGGUCACUAAUAUUAGUUUUUUUUUUAAUUUUCUGACUUUUGAUGAUUCGACAGCAAACAAUUGCAGAAGAAUGUUUUACCUGCGAUCAAGUGAAGAGUUUGACAGGAUGUUUUUCUGUGAUUUUCUUUGAUUAAUUAUUGUAGUUUUACCAUCUCAAACAAUAAUGAAAAAGGUUUUUUGGCUUUGUCUA